GUCUCUCCGCAUCCAAGCCAACAUUUAUUGUUUUAGGACUUUCUGAUAAAAGCCAUUCCCAUUGGAGAUAAGUUGUUAUCUCAUUGCGGGUUUGAUAUGCAUUUCCCUGAUGAGCAAUUUAAAUAACUCCCAAUUCUUUCCCUGAUGAGCAAUUUAAAAUAACUCCCAAUUCUUAGCUAACAGCUCCCUAGGUCAGAAGUCCAGGUGGGCUUGGCUGGGGUUUCAGCUUACAGCUUUUAUAAUGCCAAAAAUCAAGGCCUCGCCUGAAAUGGGCUCUUAUCCACAGGCUCUCAGUACGAAUUCAUUUCCAGGUUUAUUCGUGUUGUUGGCAAAAUUUAGUUCCGUGUGUUUGUAGCCUGAGGGUUCUUUCUGGUUUAACAGAGGCGUCACUUUCUGGUCAUUUUUCGUGGUCCUUCUAUCUUCAGAGACUAAUGUUCCACCAAAUCCUUCUCUUGCUUCAAAUCUCUUUGACUUCCCUGUCUUUGUCUCUUGCUGCCAGUGUGAGAAAGAAAGCUCUCUGCUUAUAAAGAUCUACAGUGAUUAGAUUAGUCUCACUGAGAUCACUCAGAUACUCUUCCUUUGUAACAAAAGACAACAUAAUCACAGAAGUAACAUUGAGGUUGGUAGAGGCUGGAAAAGUGAAUGAAGAUCAUGGGAGCCAUCUCAGCAUUCUUCCUCACUGCCAUUACAUUCAAGUGUAGUUGUUGAACAAGCAGUUGGACAUAUGAAGUCUUGUGUCAGCUUGAUUUGGGAGUCUGUGCCUGAAGUCUUAAUGUCUGUCUUUGCCACAUCCACCUUAAGCAGUUGGGAGUGAGUUGCUAAAUGACACUCGGCCAAAGGCACAGAUGGAGCUAUUGACACAAGGUCAGAUGUUUGCAUUCUGCAAAUUACCUUAAAGAAACAUUUCAGUGAUUCACUUCAUCAGGUAGAUUCAAUUGGAAUGUCACACUCACAGUGAUAAGGACUGUUCUUCCUACAGUGUUUGGUUGCCAUUAUUUGUAAGAAAACUACUUUGCCCUCAAUGGCAGGCUGUGGCUGCUCCUGAAAUAGUUCAUGUUUUUAGCCCUAAAUGGUAUCCACUAUUCUUACCAACUUUAAAUAGGUCUGUGUCAAAGAAAAAUUACAUUCAAUAUUUUUCAUUCUGAGAAAAUAGUUAUCAGAUCUAGUGCUGAAAUUCAGCAUCCACAGAAGCACAAACCAGGCUGCUCAGUGAGAGAUAUAUUGAGCAUGUCUUCUGGAUGGAAUAGUAAGUAGAUAGGAAGAAAGCACUAAGACUUAUAUCACUCAUCGUCUAGUGAAUUAAUUAACCCGAGGCUUGACUAAUGGGAAGCUAUUUGGCUGUUAAGGGUGAUUAAUUAACAAAUUCUCCUACUUAGAAAUUAGUGCUUAUAUAUGCACGUAUGCACAUAUAUAUAAAUACAUCAAUGUGUGUGUAUAAAUUGUACUAUUAGGCAUAAUUAUUUAAAAUAUUAUUUUCAGAUUGUUUAAAAGUAGCUUAAAUGAUUUAAAUUAAAAGCAAAGAAAUUGCCUCUUCCUGGAAGUUUCAGAGGCUAAUGAAUAGUCCCCAUGGUCAUGUUAAAUUGACAUUCAGAAGAAAAGGAAAUGAAGCCAGGUGACUCUUUUCUUGUCAAAAUCAUUAGACUUAAUGCUAGCCGACACAGGACAAAUGAACUGUACAAGUAAUUGUGAGUCAUGCUUUUGUCAUAGGACAUACUCUUUAUCUAAGCAAUGGGAAGGAGGUGGGUGGAGAUAAUAAAGGGGAGGGUGUUAUGAACAGCUGCCAGAUGAUUUCUGUUAUGUUUGGUUCAGCAUGAAUUAGGAAGAAAGAAGAAAUGAAGAAAGUUUUGUGCUUUAGGAUGAAUAAAUAUUGUUGUAGGAGAUGUAAAGAUUGACUUUAAUAAGCUUAAUAGCAUCCAGAAAUACAAAGGAAGGAGAUUACUUAGAUGAUAAUGAAUCUGAAACUUCUGUUCAAGGAAAGCAGAUUAUUUGCCCUCAAGGUGAUUUUAGGGGUCAGACUAAAGGGGAGAAGGCAGCUAUUUCCUAGUAUUUGCAGAAUUGUCUUCAUGAAGAAAGAAAAUAUUUGUUCAGCAUCAUCUUAAAGGGCAGGACUAUAAUAAAUGACAAAAAUUAAGAAUAUGUAAAGCAUUUGAGAGCAAUGCAAGAAUGGUCUUUCUAAAAGAAAAUCAGAACUAUGUGACUUGAUGUAUUUAAACAGAAGCUAGGAUACCACUGGUGAGGAAUGUUUGCACUUUGUGCUUUGUAAACUAAGUGAAAUGUGAAGUAGAUUUCUUAUUAGAUUUCCUUUUAGCCUGAUCUGACUCUGAGAUUCUAUUAGCCUAUGAAAUAAGAUGGUUUUAUAUGUACUUGAUUUCAUUACAUUUGAUACUUUUAAGUCCCUGAUGUAGUAAGUGUUGCUGUGUUAGCAGAUAAAAGUUACUAAAGUUGUUUUUGAAGAUUGAUCAUCCAUCCAUCUAUCAUGAUCUUCUAUGUCAGAGACUGCUAGUUUUCUCCCAAACCCUAUUCUCUUUUUUUCUCAACUGAAUGGAAAUCCAUAAUUUCAGCCGGUCACUGCUUCCAUUGUAGUGAGAUUUGGCCACGUAACAAAAAGUUGGCCAAUGGUUCAUAAGUAGAAGUGAGGUGUGGCAAUUUUCCUAAAUAUUUUUGUUAGAUAGUUGCUUUUUCUUUACUUUCUCCCCCUUCCUGCUGACAUAAUGUCUGUGUCUGAAGAGAAUCUCUUGGAUCCUGGGUUAUCUUGUCAAUGGAGACCAUCACUGAUAAAGAAACAAGAUAGAGUCCAAAUUUCUCAGAACUUUGUGAAACAAAAUUUGACUACUUGUAUCCAGACUUUUUCAUGAAAGAAAAAUAAUUUUUUUUAAUUCUAGUAUUAUCUUUUGUCUGUGUUACAACUUAACUGUAUACUGAUACAUAGCUAUAUUAUAGGCCUAUAGCUAUUCCUACAGCAAUUCCUAAAUGAUAAUAUAAAUUAGACAUAAAAUAUAGUUAAAUACAUUGCAAAUAUACUGUUUUACAUUUUUUAAUAGUACUUUUAAUUUGUUUAAAAGUUACACUAUUCUCCAGAUUAUAAAGUGAUCUAAAACUGUUAUUUGCUUUUUUCAAAAUAGCAAUGUUAGCUGUGCAACAGUUGUAUCUGGCAUCUUUCAUUUCCAUGAUAUAGAGACACUUAUUCUUGGGAUAGCUACCAUUUAACUAGAAAUGGAACCAACAUACAGUUCCCCAGAGGUCUCAAGGGCACUCAGGAGAGAACCAUUAGAAGAUUCAACCAUAUAUAUUAAUACAGUCAUGUACUUUUAAUGACAUUUUGAUCAACUACAGAUCAAAUACACAAUGUUGGCCCCAUAUUAUAAUACCAUAUUUUUGCUGUACUUUUUCUACGUUUAGAUAUGUUCAGACAUACAAAUACUUACCAGUGUGUUACAACUGCCCAAAGCAUUCAGUAUGGUAAAAUAUUGUACAGGUUUGUAGCCUAAGAGUGAUAGACUAUACCAUAUAGCCCCGGUGUAUAGAAGGCUACACCAUCUAGGUUUGUGUAAGCACAGUCUAUGUUGUUCUCACAAGGACAAAAUUACCUAAUGAUGCAUUGCUCAAAACUUAUGCCUGUUGUUAAAUGAUGCAUGACUUUACAUAGUCUACAUACAUCCUCAUGGGAUUCUGCAACACUAUGAUUUAGUGACUAUAAUAUUUGGCUAGAAAGACUAUGUAGCUUUUAUAUCUUUGUGAUUUUAUAUCUUUACAAAAAAAAUAUAUCCUAUACUUGAAUAAAUUUGUUAUAAAAAAAGAAAUACUAUUUUUAGUAAACAUACUAUCGAUGUCUCCUAUAGAUAUGAAACAUUUUAUGUAAUUGAUGCAGCAUAGCCAAUAGAUCGUGUUGAGCUUUCUAGCACUGUCCUUUAAAUGAACUUUACAUAAGCCUGAAAAAAUAUCUAAGAUGAAGAAAAAGUAUAUUUUAUAGUUUCAGGCAUGUUUGACCAGAUUCCAAGAUGCAUUCUCUAUAAAAGGACAUCUUUCCAGGACCCAUAAUCUUCAUUCUUUACAGAGAAAUCAGGUAAUUAUUUGCAACUUAGGUUAACUAUGUCUUAACAUAGGCCUGAAAUUAAUUUAAUUUCUCACAUCAAUUCCCCAAAUAUAUUAUAUUAAAUUCAUUUAAACUUCACUCUAAUUUUUCUCUAUAUAUAUAUAUCCUAAAGAUAAUGGACUAGGUGCUAUAUAUCAACACUGAAUGCUAAAUCCUUUUCUUCUAAGAUAGUUGAUGAAAACUGGAGUAAAAGUACAUUUCAGAUUUACCCGGAGCAGGUUUUUUGUUUUUUCAAAAUACAUGUACCCAGGCCCUAUACAAGUCUUGUUAAAUCAAAACCAGAGAGUGGUAACUUAACAAAUUUUCCCAGGUGAUUCUAAUGGACCCACUAACAUUUUGAACCACUUUUCAAAACAAGUUUAUAUGGAGCAAAAUAUUAAGUUGCCUAUCUUAGUUAAAGCAUUUAGAAGAAUAUUAUAAAGUAAAACCACAAUUAACUAGGACCCUCAAAUAAGACAUAUAAGCCUACACUUGAUUUUUUUUUAUUUAAAAUGGAACAUUGACAAAAAUAAAAUGCAAUAUUAGAAGCUCAUUUGAAAGUUCACCUAAUUCAGCUUGCCCUGAUCUCUUUACAGAUUCAGCCCUUACUUCUUGUUUCCUGUAAGUGCAGGAUAAUAGGAUGAGAACUGAUGUGCAGCCCUAGAUACCAAGUUGCUGCAGGGUCCUAAAUUAUUAGAAGGAUUCAGACAUUUUAACUCUGUAGAAAUCACUGGCAAAGAAAAAAAAUGUUAAUCUUUUAAAAUAUUUCUCAAUAGAAGUGAAAGCAAAUGAUUUUUUUUCUUUCAGUUAAGUAGACAUUUCAUUUAACCAGAGUUAAUUUCUCAAUCAUAUUGUAACUGAAAUAUUUAUACAUUAUACAAUUGACCUGGUACAUCUUGACCUUGGAAAUAAAACUAUUUAUAUAAUUAUAUAUGUAUUUCCAAAACAAUACAUAUAUAUGAUUUUACCUUAACUUGGGCAAAACCCAAGUGAUAUUUCUCUUAUUCAGCCUAUGGAAUGAUUUGUAUUUACAGUACACUGGGCUAGAAAGUAUGUAUACAAUACUUCCUUGUUUUCUUGUUUCUGUUUAAGGAAAACAUAGUAAAAACAAAGAAUUACAGUGUGUUUUUAAUAUGAUAUUGAAAUAUUGAGAUCUAUAUUUUGGCUUACAUAGUCAAAAUAGAAUGUUGAAGAGUUAGGGAGUAACUAAUAGGUAGUAAGUAAUAGAAUGUUGAAGAGUUAGGGAGUAAGUAAUAGGUAGUAAGUAAAUAGAAUGUUGAAGAGUUAGGGAGUAAGUAAUGAAACUAUGUAUAUAUGUAUGCAUGUAAGUAUAUAUUAGUGAAUUGAUCUGUGGCCUUUCAAGAAUUAUCAAGCCAAUGCUAUAGCUAACUUACCACUCUUUCUUUGCUUAUAUCCCAGCUAAUAUUUUAUUCUCAUUGAUUGUUGAUGGAGUAUAUAAUACAAUAUAUUAACACUAGUACAGCCUGUAGUUUGUAGAGACUAACAACUGCCACAUUAAUAAAAAAACAAAAGUAACUGGAAAGUCACACAGCUAAAUCUGUUCUGAUGAUUUUCUCUCUUUCUUAUUUAUUUUGUGUGUGUGUGUGUGUGUAAUGAAGGGACACUUAGAAUUUUCUGAACAAGAAAGAUUUUUACUGAUGCACAAAUGCAUCAUGAGCCCCUUCCGUCACUCAAGCUGGACAAGUCUGCCACUUCUUUGGCUUGAUGUAAGGUGUUCAGGAAGAUGAGUGAUUCUCUGUGGGUGAAUUAUAGUAGGAGAGGUAGUUUAUUUCCUUUGAAGCAUAAGAAUAUAAAUAGGAUAUUUUGAAUUGCUAUUUUAGCACAAAGUACUGAGAAUAGUUGUUUGGUGGUCAUCCUGUAAGCUUCAGUCAAGAACAUUUGUUCCCACUCUACUUAAGUGAAAUGAUAGCUAAAAGAAUCAUCAUCAGACAAGCUAAGGAUACUUCAGAGUUUUUCAGCCUUGGCACUCUUAACCAUUUUUGUCAGAUAAUUCUUUGCUGGGAGGACUUUCUCGUGCAUUGUAGGAUGUUUAGCAGUGUCACUAGCCUAUAUGCACUAUAUAUGUUAGUAGUAUCCUUUCAACCUUGUUGUGACAACCACAAAUGUCUCCUUGGGGGUAUAGUUGAUACUGAUUGAGAGCCAUUUAGUUAUCUAAUGACCAAAGUCACUGAAUUUUCAGAAAAGGGACUUUCAACCAUAUGUAAAGAUGGCAUUAUAAUCAGUGAGACUAAAAACAACACCACCAACAUAUAGAUACAAAAUUUAAUGAAUUCUUUUCAAAAGCUUAGUAAUUUUUUUGUUGUAAACUCAUUAAGGGAGGUUUUAUCUCAUACAUGUUCAAUCAUUAAAAAUACGGUAGCAUAGCUCAUGUUACACCAUUAUUAUCUAGUCUCAGAGAUUUGUAUGAUGAUAUUUUUAUUAAGAAAAUAAAUAAAAGCCAAGAUGGCAUUUAUUAUGCAUAAGUAGUAAGAUGUCAGGGAAUGUAAUUAGAAUAGAAUAAAUCAUAGCAUCAGAAUAAAAGUGAAUAUAAGAAUGCGCAAUUAGUAAAAUUCCUAAAUAUUGUUUAAUGGUGCUAAAAUUGGAGCAAAUAUUAGAAGGACAAAGUCAAACUUUGAAGGACAUAUGUAAAGAAAAGAGCUUAAAUGCUAGAAUAAUGUCCCAUUCCUCCUUGUAUCUGUCUUGUCACUAAAUUCUUAAGGAUACAGGCAUCCUGAUGACAGGGACUUUGUCUAAUUAUUCUUAAAAUCCCUAGCUUUUUUCCUGCUUAAAUAUAUGAGAUUAUUAAAUAUUCAUCCCAUUAAUGAAUGUGGCUACUAAAUAUUAAAAUUUAGUCCAAAUUAGUCUCUUCCUAUUUAUUCUCAUUGUUUUAGUUAGCUUCCUACGUUUUCUUGCUUGUAAUUUUGCUAUAUUUCAAAGUGGUUUUUUCCCUGCUUCUAUUCUUACUCCCCAUCUAAUGUAGCCAAAGAUUUUUCUGAAAACUCUCGUUGGAUCCUGUAAUUUUCCUGACUUAAACCCUUUAUUGAUCCCCCAUCCUUGAGGGUAAAGCCUAAGACCUUUGGCAUUUAAUAUAUUAAAAAUUUUUAAUCAACCCCUGCCUACCAUUGCUAUCUCAUCUCCUGCUACUCACCUAACUACUCAACACCUCACACUGUCUUCCUGGCAGUCCAUGGAAGGAGGCAGGCCUUCCUGCAUCUCUGCAAUUAAGCUCAUGCUAUUUCCUCAGCCUGUAUUAUCCUUGCCUCUUGCCUUACUUGCCUUACUCUUAAAAUACAUACUCAUGAUUUGAUACUAAGUGUAAAGUUCACCUCCUCUGCCCUGAAUAUCCUAGCCGAACCAACCCUUUCUCUUCUUUUCACUGCACAUUACUUUAAUAUGCACCUGCUUUGUAGUAUUCUCUCUACAGUCUUCUUAACAAUUUUGUAUAGCCUUCAUUAAAGCAUUUAUUAUGUUGUAUUACAAAUGUCUGUGAGUCAGAUCUUGCUGGGGUCUUCUCUUUCUUCAUACUUUCCUUUGAGCACAAGCAAGUGCUGAGGAAGCUUAUUCUGACUGUCUCUCUCAGGUGGACCUUCUCUGGUAUCUUUCCAUUUAUAGACCUCACUGCUGCUGCCAACAACCAAUGGAGGAUUCCAAGUCACAAUUACCCCAACCCUCAUCCCCAACUCUCUUACCUUUCCAGACUCCAUUGAGACCUGUCUGGUUUCCCCAGAUCCGCACACCAGAUUCUGGAAAGCAAAGGGUGAAUAAUAAAAUCUGAGGCCAUACAGGGUUCAAAUCCUGGCUCUUUCAUUUAAUCACUAUGUGACAUUGACUAAGUAACCAUCUAUAAAGUAUAAAUAAUAAAAGACUCAUCUCACAAGUCUGUGAAGACAAAAAUGCCUGAAAUAUGUAAAGGACUUAAACAAAAAUCUGGCACAUAUAGUGUGCUAUCAUUAUUUGUUAUUCAUAUAUAUAUAUAUAUAUAUUACUGAUGAGCAACCUAGCUCAGAAGGGUUAAGAGUACAGAGACAGACAACAGUUAGUAGAGGACAUAGCAUAGUGAUUUGCAAAGGCUCCUAACUGAACUAUUUGAGUUCAAAACAUAGCUGUGUGACCUUAAAUAAACGACUUAAACUCUCCGUACCUCAGCUUAUAAUGUACCAAAUGGAGGUAAUAAUUAUUCCAACUUCAUUGAGUUGUUGUAGUAUUCAAUAAGUUAAUGCCUGAAAAGUACUUAGAACUUGUAGUAAGUUAAUUUAUUACUAAUAUUAACUUGCUUGGGAAGGCAUUUCUACACUCUUACCUAUGCAGGGAUGUGUCUUAUAUGGUCUCUCCUUAGUAUUUCACUUUUUCUUCAGAUUCCACUUUUGUUCAUUCUGUUUGGUAUUCCCACUCAUUUCCACAGGAAGAUGUUUCCUCUUCUUUCUUCUGAUAUGUAAUAGAAAGCUUGAGCAGAACUUCAGUCUUCAACCAGAUGUGUCCUGGAAGAGAACGGCCUUCCCAUCAUGAGCAACAGUGAUUUGAUGCUUCUAAUUCCAUUUCAAUUUCCCCACCAGAGAAAUCUAUGGCCUAGUGUUUACCAGGGGUUACCAGGAAGAAAAUAAAACUUGAAAAUCUAAACAAAAUUCUUGCAGUGAACCUGGCCAACUGUAUCCCAUAUUCAGGAAAGAGCCUUUCCUUGUUAGGCUUGUUCUGGCCAGGCACUUCAGAAACAUUCAACAUUCCCACCAAUACCCUUUUAUUAUAUUUAAAGCCAUUUGACAUUUUCCUCUUCCACCUAAGGCCCGAGUCAUCUAAAAAAAGCAAAAAACUUACUAAUUAUGAAAAGUUGUAUUUUUUCUUUCAAGAGGAAUGGAGCCAGUAAGUAGUCAAUGAGUUUGUUUCUAGAGUCUUCCUCAGAAGGUGGUGAUGAGGGAGUUGACCAAUUUAUUCUAUUAAUUUAUGUUUAUGUGAGUUUAAAUAUGGAGGAAGGGAUCAGGUAAACAGGAUGAAAGUGACUUGUAAAUAGAAAAUUAAAUUCUGAGUUAAAUAUAAACUUCCCCUUUUAAAGCAUGCAGAAACAUGGAAUUUUAAGUUCACUAUUUAUAAAAUGGGCAUGAUAUAAAUUGUUCUUACCUCCCUCAGAAGUUUUCAAAUUAAAAAUUGAAUACUAUGUGAUUAUAGUUUCUAAAUUAAGGCACAAUCUGAGUUUGUUUUGUAUGUCCCAUUGAUAUCUUUGACAAACAUCGCUUCCUUUAUAUAAAAGCAAAUUUGCAUAACUGUAUUUUUAAAUUUAAUGUAUCGCUCAUCUCUAUAAAGUAAAUUACUCUUUUUACAGUGUCUCUUCCAAGGACAUGAGUGGUUAUAAUAAUAUAAACAUUGAUUAAAGUACAUACAUGCAUAAUUCAUGUAUUAUGGCUCACUGAUUCAGGGAAUAAGUGACCAUAUGGAUAAUACCAAGAUGUAGACAUUUAAAAUAUCUGCCGGAUUUUUUGAUCAUGCCAAUUCACUUUAGGUAGUAGAGACUAAAUUACUUGUAUCUGCUAUGCCUUCAUCCUCCACCUACCUCUCUUUCAUCCAGGGGCAGAGUCAUGUGCUUGAUUGUUAAUUAUAACCACACUUUGUUAGCAGCAAUGUUUGCACAAAUAUAGUUUCUAAAGACUGAAAGACUUUGGGAGCUUUUUGUAUUUCCAUGGUGAUGCACAAUAACAAAAAAUGUGUUUUCUUGAAUGUGUGAUUAACCCAGCCUUGAUAGACUCCGUGUUGGCAUUUCAAAAGUUUGCUAAUAACAUUCGUGGUGGGUUCAUUCGGGUGCCACAGGAAUGCCAAAACAAGCUGACUUUAAUAGAGAAGAAAACUGCAACUAUGUAGUGAGAACUUGCCCUUCCUGUUUUAUUGUUAGGGAGAAAAAUUAUAUACUUAUUGUUGUUCAUCUAAUAAAUAUUUCAGACGCAUUUAUGAAUCGUUAGUGCAGAUGCAAUCCCCUUUUAAUGUCACGAGGUAAAGGAAAAGUAAAACACAUUUCAAGUUCUGAGUCUCUCAGUACUACAUUGCCUGAAUCCUCGUCUAUCCACACAAUAGAUUAACUACCCUCUGUGCAUACUGUAUAUUGCUCAGCCCUUAAUAUUCUGAAGCUGGACUGAAGCAGUCGUUAUCUGUGGCGGUUCCUGGGUGAUUUUCAAGCCCAGCACUACACACCCAAGUGGCAGUGACACCGGCUUUCACUGAAGCCUUAUUACUCUUAAAAGAGCAAUUUGGUUGGUUGCACGGCUAUUAGGAUCACACAGGCAGCCUGAAAGCUGUCAGUACAACUGCUUCUCAUCUUUUUCACAUAAUCCUGACAUCUUUUCUCUUUUCUGCUGGACACAGACAUUACUGUUUUUAUCAUUUUCAAUCAAGCUCACCCAGAACGCUGAGGAAUAUAUUCCCAGUGAAAGCAAAGUGGAGAACAGAAAUUAUUUUAUAGCUCCUGGAGUAGAAGCAGUGCUGACUGCGUACUGAGGAGAAGGAGCCGGAUCCGUGAAAAAAUGUAGCUUGGCUCAGGGCUACAUCAGGGAGCUGCUACUUCAGCUGUUAAAGAUGGCAAAACAACACCUACCUUGGGUUUUUCAAUGAUUAAUGCUAUUUUCAUAACCGGGAGGGAAGAGGAUGUGAGAAAUUUUGUGAAAUUAACUUGUGGAAAUGUUACCAUCAGAGAAAGUGGGGAAAAUUACUAGGCUUGAACUUCUCUUCGUUUUGAUGCUUUUCUUCUCUGGACCAACUUUGAGCAAGCUGACCCGGACCCCCUGGAAAGGAAAACCCUGGAAGGGGGGAUCUCGUCUUCGCCAAGAAGACUUUCCCCCUCGGAUUGUGGAGCACCCUUCGGAUGUCAUCGUCUCUAAGGGGGAGCCCACCACUCUGAACUGCAAGGCGGAGGGCCGGCCAACGCCCACCAUUGAGUGGUACAAGGAUGGGGAGCGGGUGGAGACUGACAAGGACGAUCCCCGUUCCCACAGGAUGCUUCUACCCAGCGGAUCCUUAUUCUUCUUGCGCAUUGUGCAUGGGCGCAGAAGUAAACCUGAUGAAGGAAGCUACGUUUGUGUUGCAAGGAACUAUCUUGGUGAAGCAGUGAGUCGAAAUGCAUCUCUGGAAGUGGCAUUGUUACGAGAUGACUUCCGGCAAAACCCCACAGAUGUUGUAGUGGCAGCUGGAGAGCCUGCAAUCCUGGAGUGCCAACCUCCCCGGGGACACCCAGAACCUACCAUCUACUGGAAAAAAGACAAAGUUCGAAUUGAUGACAAGGAAGAAAGAAUAAGUAUCCGUGGUGGAAAACUGAUGAUCUCCAAUACUAGAAAAAGUGAUGCAGGGAUGUAUACCUGUGUUGGCACUAACAUGGUGGGAGAAAGAGAUAGUGAUCCAGCCGAGCUGACUGUCUUUGAACGACCCACGUUUCUCAGGAGGCCAAUUAACCAGGUGGUGCUGGAGGAAGAAAUUGUAGAAUUUCGUUGUCAGGUCCAGGGAGAUCCUCAACCAACUGUGAGGUGGAAAAAGGAUGAUGCAGACUUGCCAAGAGGAAGGUAUGACAUUAGAGAUGAUUACACACUGAGAAUUAAAAAGGCUAUGAGUACAGAUGAAGGCACCUACAUGUGCAUUGCUGAGAAUCGAGUUGGAAAAGUGGAAGCCACUGCUACCCUAACAGUCCGAGCUCGCCCUGUUGCUCCUCCACAGUUUGUGGUUAGGCCAAGAGAUCAGAUUGUUGCUCAAGGUCGAACGGUGACAUUCCCCUGCGAAACUAAAGGAAAUCCACAGCCAGCUGUUUUUUGGCAGAAGGAAGGCAGCCAGAACCUACUUUUCCCAAACCAACCCCAGCAGCCCAACAGUAGAUACUCAGUGUCACCAACUGGAGACCUCACGAUUACCAACAUUCAGCGUUCGGACGCGGGUUACUACAUCUGCCAGGCCUUAACGGUGGCUGGAAGCAUUUUAGCAAAAGCUCAACUGGAAGUUACUGAUGUUUUGACAGAUAGACCUCCACCCAUAAUUCUACAAGGACCAGCCAAUCAAACACUAGCAGUAGAUGGUACAGCGUUACUAAAAUGCAAAGCUACUGGUGAUCCUCUUCCUGUAAUUAGCUGGUUAAAAGAGGGAUUUACUUUUCUGGGUAGAGAUCCGAGAGCAACUAUACAAGAGCAAGGAACACUGCAGAUUAAGAAUUUAAGGAUUUCUGAUACUGGCACCUAUACUUGUGUGGCUACAAGUUCAAGUGGGGAGACUUCCUGGAGUGCAGUGCUGGAUGUGACAGAGUCUGGAGCAACAAUCAGUAAAAAUUAUGAUUUAAGUGACCUGCCAGGGCCACCAUCCAAACCGCAGGUCACUGAUGUUACUAAGAACAGUGUCACCUUGUCUUGGCAACCAGGUACCCCUGGAACUCUUCCAGCAAGUGCAUAUAUCAUUGAGGCUUUCAGCCAAUCAGUAAGCAAUAGCUGGCAGACAGUGGCAAACCAUGUAAAGUCCACCCUCUAUACUGUGAGAGGACUGCGGCCCAAUACAGUCUACUUGUUCAUGGUCAGAGCAAUCAACCCCCAAGGUCUCAGUGACCCAAGCCCUAUGUCAGAUCCUGUGCGCACACAAGAUAUCAGCCCACCAGCACAAGGAGUGGACCACAGACAAGUGCAGAAGGAACUAGGGGAUGUCAUUGUCCGUCUUCACACUCCAGUUGUGUUGACUCCCACCACUGUUCAGGUCACAUGGACGGUUGAUCGCCAGCCGCAAUUUAUUCAAGGCUACCGAGUGAUGUAUCGUCAAACUUCAGGCCUGCAGGCUACAUCUUCCUGGCAAAAUUUAGAUGCCAAAGUUCCCACUGAGCGAAGUGCUGUCUUAGUCAAUCUGAAAAAGGGAGUGACUUAUGAAAUUAAAGUUCGACCAUAUUUUAAUGAGUUCCAAGGAAUGGAUAGUGAAUCUAAAACGGUUCGUACUACUGAAGAAGCCCCAAGUGCCCCUCCACAGUCUGUCACUGUGUUGACAGUUGGAAGCCACAAUAGCACAAGUAUUAGUGUUUCCUGGGAUCCUCCUCCUCCCGAUCACCAGAAUGGAAUUAUCCAAGAAUACAAGAUCUGGUGUCUGGGAAAUGAAACACGAUUCCAUAUCAACAAAACCGUAGACGCAGCCAUUCGGUCUGUAAUAAUUGGUGGAUUAUUCCCAGGUAUUCAAUACCGGGUAGAGGUUGCAGCUAGCACCAGUGCAGGGGUUGGAGUAAAAAGUGAGCCACAGCCAAUAAUAAUUGGGAGACGUAAUGAAGUUGUCAUUACUGAAAACAAUAACAGCAUAACUGAACAAAUCACUGAUGUUGUGAAGCAACCAGCCUUUAUAGCUGGUAUUGGUGGUGCCUGCUGGGUAAUUUUGAUGGGUUUUAGCAUCUGGUUGUAUUGGCGAAGAAAGAAGAGAAAGGGACUCAGCAAUUACGCUGUUACAUUUCAGAGAGGUGAUGGAGGACUAAUGAGCAAUGGAAGCCGUCCAGGUCUUCUAAAUGCUGGUGAUCCCAGUUAUCCGUGGCUUGCUGAUUCAUGGCCAGCUACGAGCUUGCCAGUAAACAAUAGCAAUAGUGGCCCAAAUGAGAUUGGAAAUUUCAGUCGUGGAGAUGUGCUGCCACCGGUUCCAGGCCAAGGGGAUAAAACAGCAACGAUGCUCUCAGAUGGAGCCAUUUACAGCAGCAUUGACUUCACUACCAAAACCACAUACAACAGUUCCAGCCAAAUAACACAGGCUACCCCAUAUGCCACGACACAAAUAUUGCAUUCCAAUAGCAUACACGAAUUGGCUGUCGAUCUGCCUGAUCCACAGUGGAAAAGCUCAAUCCAGCAAAAAACAGAUCUGAUGGGAUUUGGUUAUUCUCUACCUGAUCAGAACAAAGGUAACAAUGGUGGGAAAGGUGGAAAAAAGAAGAAAAAUAAAAACUCUUCUAAACCACAGAAAAACAAUGGAUCGACCUGGGCCAAUGUCCCUCUACCUCCUCCUCCUGUCCAGCCCCUUCCUGGUACAGAGCUGGAACACUAUGCAGUGGAACAGCAAGAAAAUGGUUAUGACAGUGAUAGCUGGUGCCCACCACUGCCAGUGCAAACAUACUUACACCAAGGUAUGGAAGAUGAACUGGAAGAAGAUGAUGAUAGAGUCCCAACACCUCCUGUCCGAGGCGUGGCUUCUUCUCCUGCUAUCUCUUUUGGACAGCAGUCCACUGCAACUCUUACUCCAUCCCCACGAGAAGAGAUGCAACCCAUGCUACAGGCUCACCUGGAUGAGUUGACAAGGGCCUAUCAAUUUGAUAUAGCAAAGCAAACAUGGCACAUGCAAAGCAAUAAUCAACCUCCACAGCCCCCGGUUCCACCAUUAGGUUACGUGUCUGGAGCCUUGAUUUCUGAUUUGGAAACAGAUGUUGCAGAUGAUGAUGCUGAUGAUGAAGAGGAAGCUUUAGAAAUCCCCAGGCCCCUGAGAGCACUAGACCAGACACCCGGAUCCAGUAUGGACAAUCUAGACAGCUCUGUGACAGGUUCAAUGGUAAAUGGAUGGGGCUCUGCAUCUGAUGAGGAUCGUAACUUUUCUAGUCAUAGAUCUAGUGUAGGUAGCUCCUCAGAUGGCUCCAUCUUUGCCAACGGCAGUUUUGCACAAGCACUGGUGGCAGCAGCAGAUAAAGCUGGUUUUAGGCUGGAUGGAACCAGCCUUACAAGAACAGGAAAAGCCUUUACCUCCUCUCAAAGACCUCGACCCACCAGCCCAUUUUCUACUGACAGUAAUACCAGUGCAGCUCUGAAUCAAAGUCAGAGGCCUAGGCCCACUAAAAAACACAAGGGAGGACGAAUGGACCAACAACCAGCAUUGCCUCAUCGAAGGGAAGGAAUGACAGAUGAGGAGGCCUUGGUGCCCUAUAGCAAGCCCAGUUUCCCAUCUCCAGGCGGCCACAGCUCAUCAGGAACAGCUUCUUCUAAAGGAUCCACUGGACCUAGGAAAGCUGAGGUAUUAAGGGGAGGCCACCAGCGCAAUGCCAGCGACCUUCUUGACAUAGGAUAUAUGGGCUCAAAUAGUCAAGGACAGUUUACAGGUGAAUUAUAGUAACUGAGAGGAGACAUACAAAGCUGCUCUGAAGGACCAUCAGGUCCAAACUCAUGGAAGUGAUGACACUAAACAGUGCAAUGAACAAUUUCUUUAUUUAUGUACUAUUAAAAGAACUGUAAAUGCAAUGUAAAGACACACAGCCACACAUAUCCCACAGAUAUUUUACUUGUGUUCUUCUCUUAAGUACACCACCCACCUUAACUCUUUCUUGUCAGGAGUAUAUAAAAAGGAAAGAAAACAAAAUUCGCCCUCCAGGAAGAAAAGGAUUUUCCUCUGUAUAUAAUUUCUUUUGCAUUGCUAUGCAAGCUCACUCUUUUUAGCUCUGUUCAUAUUAUUGUCUGUUCUUAUUGGUCUGUUGUACUAUAUGUGAAUUAAUAGGCUGUGGUGCCAUAUAUUAACUUUUAAUUGUGUAACUUUUAUGUUUAAAUUUUGCACUGCAAUUUUAUUUGGUGAUAAGCACAAAUCUCUACUCCUCAUGACAUGAAGAAAAAGACUGAAUGUGAAGGGAGUUUCUGUACUGUAAGCUAGGUUGGAUAAUGCUGGUUGUAACCAAUAAUGUUAGAUGGUUUUCAGUUGGGGUGUAGAAAUAGGAAGAUGCAAAGGAACAAUGGUGUUGGCAAAGUCUUCUUUGAACAUCAGGGACUGAGUCAAAAAAAAAAAAGAGGUGGCUUUUACUAUAGACAAAAACAGGGGUCAAAAGAAGGAAGCUUAAGUCUUAAGACUGAAUAUGCGUUAAAAUACACAGGUAGCAAAGUUGAACUAAACUUGCUAAAAAAAGAAAUUAAAGUUUUAUUUAGAAUCAACUUUAUCUGUCAUUGUAAUUGAUCCAUCUGAGAAUUGCAAGAAGCAAAAGGAAAUUAAAGUGUUUCACAAGAGCUGUAUUUAUAUUACAAUUUUUAAAGAAGCAUUUUCUGAAUUAUCAUAAUUAUUCACUCUGAUUCAUUAAGUCAGAAUAUAAUAUGAAGUUCCCCAAGGAAACUAACAAAAUGAACUCUAGAAUAUCUAGCAAAUAGUUAAAGAAGCAAUUUUUGUUAGGGCAUACUCUGGCUGAUUCCAAAUAUAAACUCUAUUGCAAUAUCUUGUUUCAUCUUUCUAAUACAUGUACAGUACACACUAGAGGAUAGAGCUGCAUCACUUAAAUUCAUUACUUUUUAAAAAAUGCAGUCUAUAUACAAUUUUGUGUUUUACUUGAUUAAGAAGUGAAGUUGAUGCCACCAGAUAUAUAGCCAAAUUGUAAGUGCUUAAAAAGCAGUGCUCAGAGUAUGUUCAGUUCACAGUAAGUAGAUUUAUUGGGAUAAAUAUUUUAUGGUACAUUCUCAGAAAUUGGCUACCAGCUAAAAUAGGUUUGACCCAUUUUGAAUGAGUAAAUUGAAAAGAAAAAUUAAAAAGGAGAAAAAUGCAUGUUUAUACACUUUUUAAAUAAAACCAAACCUUGUAAGUGGACAUUAAUAACAGUGUCCUGCCUCAUUUGUUUUCACGACUUUGAGAACAAGAAGUUCCUGAACAUCAGUCAUGUAUGCUCAAAAUAAAUGUGACUUUGAAAUAUAUGUUAGCUACUGUACAUGUAUAGUCAGUCAAGUAGAAAAGUACCUUCCUGAAAUUCCCACUUGUGACAUUUUCCCAUGUGCUUCCUACACAAUCUUAAAUUCUAUUUCUGUCUAUACUUUCUCAUAGUUUUCCUAUAAUGUAUUCAAUAGUUGGCACUUCUAAAAAUAUUCAGUGUCAUAAUCAGGAUCAGCUCUAAAAUAUGGGACCCCUUUGAAUGACAAUUCAUACUCCAUGAAUUAUUGGCUCAGUCACCAAUUUAUGUCAUGUUGUUACAGCAAAGGAUGACAUAAUUAAAUGUUUCCAUCUAUUUUAUUCCCUGAGACUGCAUCAGGACAGGCAAGUAUAGAAUGUAAUGUUCUUUAUGGGCUCCAACGACUUCUUGGUGCCAUGUAGUUUGUUUCGACACUGACGAGAACAAGAAUUCUGAGACAUACUUUUUAAACCCUUUAUCAACUUUCUACCAUCAGUGCCUGAAUUUUAAUGCAGUUUGGUUUCUCUGGGGAAAAGAAGCUGGGAAAGUGAAAAGUUUCUGCAAAGUAUGAAUACAUACUGAUUCACAACUCUAAGGUGUGAUGAAUUUAAAUUUUUAUUUACACAGUUCCCUACUUCACCUCUUUCUAUUUAAAGGCUAACAAAUUUCAAAGAGGUUUUAUUCAUUUGUAUUCUCUCUUUAGCUCCUCUAUCACCCAAUUUAGCUAAAACUUUGGCUCAUUACACAUAUUACACAUAGCCUUUGACCCCCAGUAACUGGUAGGUAUAGAUGAUAAAUAAACCAAGACUUUAAAAAUGAAGUAUUUGUAUGCAGAGAACCUUAGGAAUAAUGUGGGACGUGGUAUCCCACCUUCCUGAUUGAUAUUGCUAUGUUAGAUUAUGUCUAAGCAGACCUUUUGGUCACUUGGAAUGUUCUUAUAGAAUGAAUAGUCCAUGUUGCCUGUUAAAUCUAGUUUUAAAUAAAUUGAGUGGUCAAAUCCUGCACCCAAAAUACCACUCUCAAAUUAACAGAGGGCAAGAUAACAUGCUCUGGCUAUACAAAUGACUUUAGAAACACUAUCAAAAAUCAAAAACCUUCAUCAACUUGCUACAUAUAAAAAGCUGCUAAUCAAUAUAAGUCAGAAUGUCAGCAGAAGAAUAUAAACAUGUAUAAAAGCCACCAUAGUUUAGCAUUUUAUAAAUUAAUGGGAUUAGAAAGUCAUUGAGCUCACUCUUCUGCAUCUAAACAGAGGCCUGCAUAAGCCAUUGAAAGGAAAUCUAAGUGGAAGAGAAUAUAAUCUUGUCUAGCACUCAUAGGCAGUGCUGCUAUGCAGUAAUGCCUAACACAAGCACAGUUCCAUUCAUAACAGGCAAAAUCUCCUUUGGGAAUAUAGAUGUAUCAGUGUCUAAACUCAGGUAUGCCAGUAUAUGCAGGUGGAGUUGCCCUAUUCCUUGUCCACAUAUUUACCAUGUGAUUUUUAAAGUAAGGUUAGAUAGUACAGGAGUGUGAAAACAAUUGAUUUUGUCACAGGAGUUUAAUCCAGUUGAAGGGAGAGUACAGAAACCAACAUGUAAAAUACCAUAUAAUCAAGGGGAGUAAAACCAUUGCAAGUUUACUUGCUUUGAGUAGCAAAAGCGAUUUAAUGGUGUUCUAUGUCACAGUUUAAUUCUGGGAUUUUAUUUUCAAUGGAAUUUGACUGGAAAGUUUGUAUGUGCUUUGGUGGAACACCUCCCAAUUUCUAUUCAAUAAAUUUAUGUAAUUUUCCAUUGACAAUAUAAUUAUAACAAUACCAACGAGCUCUAAAUUGUGGUUUAUCUUCACCACCAGAAAGUGAUUGUGCACUGGUAUUAAAGAUAUGCAGAACCUUAACAUUCACUAUUUUGUUCAUCUACUUCUGUAUAUUGUUCAUGGAAUAUACAUGACAAAACUUGGUGUAAAGCAACAUGUCUUUCCACAUUAUCUUAGAGGUGAAGUUACUUUUGUUUUGCUUCUCAAUGAUGUGUACUUCAAAUGAAACACCAUACAUUUUUUAAAACAACAUUCAAUUUAUUAUUUUUUUUUAGUCUCAUAAUUUCAAAAGCAUAUAUUGUGACUUUAAAGUGUUGCAAGAAAAGGGAUUCUGUGGCCGUGGUAGACUUUUUAUACUUUGUUUUAUAGAUGGAUUUUUUUAAACUGUAGUUUGUUUAAGUCACCAAACAGCGUCCAAAAAUCUUAAUGUGUUUCAUUUGAUGUUCGUAGAUCAGCAAAGAAAUUGGCAUAAGAUUGGUCAAUAGUAUUGUCAAAGAAUUGUGUAUUGUGUACUCACUGGGAAAAAAAAAUAAAAUAUAUUCACAUUUCAAA